AUGGAAAAUAUUGAUCCAACAGCAUCUCAUACCGAUGAAUCAAUUGUUGUUGUACCAAGUCAAACAUUAUCAAGUGAUGAAUUUAAUUUAUUAAGGAGUGUAUCAAUAAAAGUUGUUUGUCAUUUGGGUAUUGUUGGUCAAUGCAAUAUACAAUUUUCAUUAAAUCCACUAUGUAUUGAAUAUUAUAUAAUUAAAGUAAAUGCAUGUUUAAUUCGUUCAUCUGCAUUGGCAUUAAAGGCAACGGGUUAUUCAUUAGGAUAUAUAACAGCUAAACUUGCACUUGGAAUGAAUUUAGUUGACUUAAAAAAUCUGAAAAGUGUUGAAGUUAUGACUAUUAGCAAAUCAUUUGACGAAGCAUUUCAAAAAUGUUUAAGAAUGGUUGAUCAAAAUUUCACUGGUUUUGAUUCAUAUGCAAGAACAAUCACCGAUAACGAAAUAAGUGCUCUAACUGAUGUCAAUGUUUUUAUAUUAGCAACAGCUUUUCAUCAAGGCUAUACAAUUGAACGUUUUUAUCAAUUAACACAAAUUGAUCGAUGGUUUUUGUAUCAAUUUCAAGCAAUUAUUCAAUUUCUUGUUCAUCGUUUUAAUUCAUCCAUUAUUCAAGAUCGAGCACUUUUGAAGCAAAAUGUUUGGGUUUUUUCUGAUAAACAAAUUAGUAAAUAUUGUGGUAUUACUGAACUCGAAGUUUGUGAAUCACGUAAACAAUUUGGUAUGCGCCCAUCUGUUAAAAUGAUUGAUACAGUUUUUGGUCAAUGGUCGGAUCCGAUUCCACAAAUAAAACAUUUUGACUAA